GUUUCCCAACAGCUCUUUGCUUCCUGAUGAUGUCGACUUCUGACUUGAACUUUGAGUAUCAAUUUCGAUUGAUUCUCAUAGGCGACAGUACCGUAGGUAAGUCCUCUCUGCUGCGUCAGUUUACAGAGGGCCGAUUCAUCGAGGUGAGUGAUCCCACAGUCGGAGUCGACUUCCACGCUCGGAUAGUCAAUCUAGAUGGUGUGCCCAUCAAGCUCCAGUUGUGGGACACGGCUGGGCAGGAACGUUUUCGGUCAAUCACCCGUUCGUAUUAUCGAAAUGCAGCCGGUGGGUUGCUCGUGUAUGACAUCACUAACAGAACGAGUUUCGAGCAUGUCAAGGAAUGGCUGGACGAAGCAAGUCGUUGUGCUGAACCUAAUCGUGUCGUUUUCAUAAUGGUCGGCCAUAAGACCGACCAAGUAAAGCAAAGGCGGGUAACUACUCAGGAAGGCGAGCAAUUGGCUGAGCAACUGGGCAUUCAGUUUGUAGAGACUUCUGCCAAGUCAGGAACGCACGUUGAGGACGCUUUCUAUAAGGUCGCGAAGGAAAUCUACCGCUUGUUGCAAACAGGAGAAGUCAGAGUGAAAGAUGGCUGGGAUGGAGUAAAGAAAGCAACACCUAGAAGAGGCAUCAAUGCAGCAGCAGUGGCUCCUGGGCCUCAACAACCACCGACUAGUAAACGGAAAGCAGACGGGUGCUGUGGUUGAAAUUUGAAAGCCAAUGGUGUAUGUUUGUAUUCAGUAGUGUACAGUUCACUCUUAAGAUCGUUUCUCCUGAUUUGAUCUGCUCUUAUUUUUGGACUGUAGCAUUGUAUUUUGCUUAUCUGUAGAAGAGUACAGGAAUGCAGUAGACUGCUGUUGCGUAAGGGUGUAUUUGGUAUGUGGAACACCGAACUUAGGAUUUACCUGCUGUAUUGAUUUGAAUACUCAACCAGAGUUGCCUAUAUAUGACUAAUAAAAUUAUAUGAUUAUGAUAAUUGA